GAUGGAUACCCAUACACUUCGCUGCGAAGGAAGGCCGUGCGGUGAUGGUGGAGACGCUUCUCAACAAGGGCGCUAAAGUAGAUACAAAGGACGGAAAUGGGUGGACGGCAAUGCACUUUGCAACUAGUAGUGGAGAGACACAUGUGCUAGAAGUCCUUCAUACGAAAGAGGCCCACAUAGAUGAAGCAAAUAAUGAUGGUGACACGCCUCUCCACAUCGCAACUUCAAAAGGGGACCUUGACACUAUGUUCACGUUAAUGGUUCUUGGUGCAUCCACCGACAAGAAAAACAAGGCAGGAAAGAUGCCGAAAGACCUUUUGAGGACAACUCCUGAUAAAAUUAUUGCCAUGUUGGAGAAAGUGACUACAACCGAGCAGGAAAGGAAGAAAAUGUUGCAGGAAAUGAACAGGAACUAUAAGACGAAAGAGAACGAGGCAGCUCAUCUUCAGAAAGAAAAUGGAGACUUGAAGGAAACCAUCAGGACAAAGGAAGAGACGAUCAAGUCACUGCAGGAAAUGAACAGGAACUAUAAGACGAAAGAGAACGAGGCAGCUCAUCUUCAGAAAGAAAAUGGAGACUUGAAGGAAACCAUCAGGACAAAGGAAGAGACGAUCAAGUCACUGCAGGAAGACCUCGAGGCGAAGACACAGGAAAUGAAAAACAAAUGCAACAUGAAAGAUGCGAAGAUAGAUGGCUUGCAAAAAGAAAAUUUGAACCUGAAGGACGACAUUCUGGAGAAGAAAGGGGAAACCUCGUUAUAUAAGAAUCAGGAGGGCGUGAUUCGAGAUCUGGAAUUCAGGUUGACGGAAGCCGAGAAGCAACACAUCGAAAAAGUGAUGAAUAUCAGAGCAAUGAAAGAGAAAGAGGCGAUCGAAGAGAAAAAAGAGACAGACCUAGCGAUACAUAUGCGAGAUAAGAGGAUAGCGUCUCUUAAGCUAAUGAUAAAAGAUCAAGAAGAUGAACUCGCAGACAAGGACACUCAGUUAAAGCAAUUACAGGCGGAGUUGUUAAAACUACGUGAAGAACAUGAGCAGGAAAAUGUGAGCAGACACGGAAGGUCAAGGUCAAGAAAGGUCAAGUCUAAGAAAGCAGCAGCCCGUAAACUCAAGUCAGAGUCAGCAACUGACUGGGAUGAGGCUAUGCCGGCACUCGACACGGAUCAAUCUUCACAAGACGAAGCCAGGGAUGAGUUUUCGCACACAAAGGGCAAGAGGGAAAGGAAUAGAGUGAGGACUAAGUAA